UCGGUAAUUCCAUGAAUUUCUCCUGAACUGUUAAGUUUCGUUAACAGUUAACAGUUGAAAAAAUUUCUAAUUUAUUUCUGAAGAGAGUGAUUAGUGAGAUGAUUUCAUGUAUAAGUCUAAAAGAGUGAUAGUUUAUUCUAAAAAUAUUCCUGCCUCUAAGAGAAAUAUUCAAAUGAUAAUUUUCUGUGAAUUCUAAUUUGUGCAUUAAUUUAAAAAUCAAGUAUCUUUGUCUCAACUAGCAGUUAUUGCGGCCUUCAGACAACUAAUCAUCGAAGUCCCGAGAUGAAUGCACAAUGGAUGCAUAGACAUUGUGAAUGCAAAUUGCAAAAAAUAACAGAUGUUUAUAUCCCAUUGCCCACAGACAAGUGUGACAUUUAAAACCCCAUUCGGCCUACAAUUGCCGGACAAUUCGGAUCAAUAUGAGAGUAUCAAUAUCACCACAGAUAUCCUCGCACUAACAAUAAAGAGAUUAUCCCUAAAAUAUGGCAACCGCAAUUUCAACAAUAUAAACUUAAAAAAUGCGAUGAAAAAAAUUGAUAAAAAAUUCCAAAUCCCAAACAAAUCAACUCCCCAUCAUCAACAAAAUUCCUCCUCACCAUAAACCCAUCACCUCCCCUCCCUCUAUUGCGUAGGUGGUAACGCCAAGGGGGUGUCACUAUAACCCAUAAUAAUAAUUAAUAAAGUCCUCGGUGAAUGGUUCAUCCAAGCUCCGCCCCUCUACUCCCUCUGAUUUAUGAAUCGAAACGCCCCUCCUGUCAUAACCCAAGUGCCCCAGGUUUCCAAUGUUCGUCCUCACUCACUCCUUUCACCCGCACCCUAACUCCAUUCCUCUUCCCCAGUCCGCCGACGCGUGUAGGAGUCGCGACUACUAGUCUGGUGGGGGUACAACGGCAACACGGUGGGGAGAAACCGAGCUGGAGAACCUACGCCCGUGAUCGUUCUCAUCAGUCGCUUCUCGCCCCUCUCGGGUAAAACAUUAUCGUCGAUUAAAAAAAAACAAAACAAAAAAUUUAAUAAAAAUUCUCCCCCCAAUUUUUCCUCACAUUACCCUCGACAAAUUGUUAUACAUCCUCGUGCCACCGCUUACCCCUGCUCCCCAUCACCCCCCUCCCAGUGAUCAUGCAUUCUCGUGGGUCAACUGAGGCCAAUUAGUGACGAUACAGUGGUGUCGCUCAUUGACCAGACGACCCGCCGUCGGAUCAAAAUUUUCUGUGAUUUCUUUUGUCUUGUGAAGCAGUUACGUUUAAUGAAUAAAAAAUGCAACUCAUGAGAUGGAGUAUAACGAGACGAAUCGAGAGGAGAAACCAGAAUCAGAGCAGACGUGAUAUUCAUUGUCUAGGAGGACCAUUUUGACAGUGAAAAGUGUAUUUUUUCGACCUCCUCCACAUUUCGAUUAUCCUCCACAAACGAUUAGACUUUCAUUGAAUUGCACUCCACUGCACGAUUACCUUUCCAGAAGACGAGAAUGAAACGGGUUCAGAGAGCGAAGAGGUACCCCGUGUACCGAUCGAAGAUCCCGUAGACCUGACAUCAAAUCGUUCCCACCAAGAAGACGAUGAUGAUCGUGAGGAACUACCAAUGGAGGAAGACGAGGAGGAGCUGCCAGUUGACGAGGCGUUUGAACAAGAGGAGGACGAAGAGGGCACCCGUAAACAAAUGAGAAAUCGUCAGGAUGCUGAGAAUAACAAUAGUUUCAUCGAGGGUGGUACAUCGGGUGGUGCAUUUGCCCCAGCCGCAGGAUGUACAAGUCACGUUACCCUCGAGGCCCUACAAAAUACUAAAGUAGCUGUAGCUCAAUUUGCUGCAACAGCAUUAUCCAGUGGAGCUGAUCCCGAAGCAGCACUCCAGGAUCUAGCACUCCUCCAAAGUACAUUAUAUACAUUACAGCAUCAGCAGGUAUUUCAGUUGCAAUUAAUAAGCCAGCUGCAACAGCAAUUAUCGAUAACCCAUGGUCCAGGUGCCAGUGGACAACAAUUGCUGGCCGAUGGUGACAGUAAAGAAUCAACAACGGAAACUCCAUCACCAACAAUUCACCCAAAGCCACUGGCAAAUUUAACAUCCCCACCCACGUCACAUCCCCCAAGUCAUCAUUCUCAUCACAUGACGACAUCAACAGUAUCAGUAACAACGUCUACAUCACCAGUGACAGUGACCUCGGGUUUUACCCAAGAACGGCCAGGCUCAAGUAGCGUAUCACCUAUCGGUAUAACCCUACCAUCAACCAAUAUAUCAACAACAUCGUCAACUACACCAACAACUACAGUAGAUACCUCAUGUACGACAAAUUCAACGAGUACAACAACGACACUUUCCCAUCACAUACCACCAUCGUUGUGCUCAAUAAGUUCAUCCCUAGCAUCAACAAUAAUAACGAAUAAUGAUCCACUACCACUCAAUGAACCAAAUACCCUCGAGAUGCUUCAAAAACGUGCACAAGAAGUACUGGAUAAUGCAAGCCAGGGUUUACUCGCCAAUAAUCUUGCUGAUGAAUUAGCAUUCAGAAGUGGUAAAGGAUCACGUUUAUCACCGUACGAUUCAAAAUCAUCGGGUGGACGUGGUGAGCCAUUCUUCAAGCAUCGUUGUCGCUACUGUGGCAAAGUAUUUGGCAGUGAUUCCGCUCUCCAGAUACAUAUACGAUCCCAUACAGGUGAGCGUCCAUUUAAAUGCAACGUAUGUGGAAGCCGUUUCACCACCAAGGGCAAUUUAAAGGUUCACUUUCAGCGUCACACUGCCAAAUUUCCACACGUUAAAAUGAAUCCCAAUCCUGUGCCUGAACACCUCGACAAGUAUCAUCCACCACUGCUCCAACAGUUGGCGGCCUCUGGCCAAAGACCCUUACCAUCGCCACCACCGCCACCAUCAGGACCAACAGGUCCACCAACAUCGGCCAGUAACCUACCACAUCAUGCCCCAUAUCAUCCCUCAACAGGGCAUGGUUUUAUUCCACCACAACCACCCUUACCCCUGAGUUUGGCAUUACCAGCAGCAGCUGCUGCUAUUGCAGCUGGCAUUCCCAAUCUUUAUCAUCGUGUACCAAUGAUACCACGUCCUGAUGGUCAGGAUCAGGAUAUACCCGAGAAUUUAAGUAAAGUGAUACAGAAUUCAUCAGUAACGACUGCAACAACAGCAUCACCAUCAUCGCCAAUUCAUUCUCCAAGGCCACCUACACCAUUGGCAAACAACACCACUCCCACCCAAAUCCAAUCAUUCCUGCCCGACCGGGACGACAUUAUAAAGCGAGAACACAGGGCAUCGCCAGUUAUCGAACCACGACCGCCCAGUCAGGGCAACGAACCCUUAACAAUAAGCCUUAAGAAAGAACCAGAAGAACUGGAGGAAACGAUCGAAGAAGAGACAGAGGAAUUCGAGCCGUCCUCCCCCAGAUCCCGAUACCUUGAUCAACCUCAUCUCAUGACAUCCCCUCAACCGACUCCCGACAGAAUUAUCCACACCCAACAAAAUUACGAAGAUUGCAGUAUGGACAGUAGUAAAGCCAGUGGUAGAUUAGAAGGUGAAGAUGAAGAGGCUGAUGAAGAAAUGGAAGAGCAGCCUGAGAACCUCUCUGGUAGAGGAUCAAGUAGACUAGGCCCACAGGUGGGUAACUACCAUCCUUCUGGUGCUUCGCCGGCCAGCAGUACAGCCAGUAGUGGUAGCCUUCAAACCUCCUUCGCAGGUCUCCUAUUUCCACAAGUAACAUCAGGCCCACCGAUUCAAACAAUGCCACCACACCUAGCCUCCGCUCCCCACCACCCUCCAGGGGUCAACGUCAGUGAAAGUAUGAUUGUCGAUCCAGCAAGAGAUCCAGCUAUCUAUUCCAGCCUCCUCCCGCGACCUGGUAGUAACGAUAAUUCCUGGGAGAGCUUGAUUGAGAUAACAAAAACAUCCGAGACAUCAAAACUCCAACAACUUGUCGAUAAUAUUGAGCACAAGCUGACUGAUCCAAAUCAGUGUGUCAUAUGCCAUCGAGUUCUCUCUUGCAAAAGUGCAUUGCAAAUGCAUUACAGAACGCACACGGGUGAACGUCCCUUCAAAUGCAAAAUAUGUGGUAGAGCAUUUACAACCAAAGGUAAUCUCAAAACCCAUAUGGGUGUUCACCGUGCAAAACCACCUCUUCGUGUACUCCACCAGUGUCCAGUAUGUCAUAAGAAGUUUACAAAUGCCCUUGUACUUCAACAACACAUACGUCUCCACACGGGUGAGCCAACAGAUCUCAGUCCCGAGCAAAUUCAAGCAGCUGAAGUUAAUGAAUUUCCACCGGGCUAUCCACCCCAUCCCCUGGCGUCAUUCCUACCCGGUGGAUUUCCAAGUCUUCAUCCACCCCAUGGAGCCUUUCCCAUGGGUUUUCCACCGUCCCGUCAUCCAGGAAUGGAGCGACAUCAUCACGACAACGAAAUAGAUGUCAAAGAUCUCAGACCACAAAUGCCAAAUAUUCAAAUGAAUCAGCAAAGGUACAUGGACGAGUCGGAGGAUAUGGACGAUCAAGAGGAGCCAGACGAUGACGAAAGGAGAGAACAAGAAGAUAUGUGUGGUGAUGAAUCUCGUGAACGACAAAUUGAGACUGGUGACAUAGAGGAGGACAAUGAGACUGAAAAAAAUGAGACUAAAGAAUCAUCAAUACCAAAUUUUUCCACAUCUCUAGCGGCACUUGAGAAUCAAGUGAGAACUAUAACGACAAUGGCGUCUGUUGAUCCAACAUCACCCCUAGACAGAUAUAAUUCCAGUGAAAAGAGCAAUAGUCCACCGAGUUCUGUGGCGGGUACACCAUUAGAUCUUACACCACGUGCCUCGUCAACUCCUGGCUCUGUUGUCUCCACAUCAACACCACCACCACCGCCACCACCACCACCACCAUCAACAACCCUCCAACAUCAUCCUCAUCCCUUUGGAAUGUUUGCUGGUCUACUGCAAGCAGUAUCAUCAUCACCAUCAUCAGUAAGCAGUAUUCAGACAUCUGGUGGGCCCAUUAAUAGCAUCGCUUCUAUGAAUAAUCCAGGAAAUGGGGGAAAUGGUGGUGCCCUGGCAUCGCUAACAACAUCCGCUGUACUAGCUGCAUCAUCAACCUACAAUCCGCUUGGUCUCGCUGUUGGAGGCCCAGCAGUACGUGGCAACACAACGUGUAAUAUCUGCUACAAAACAUUUGCGUGUAACUCCGCACUGGAGAUACACUAUCGGAGUCACACGAAGGAGCGGCCGUUCAAAUGCACCAUUUGUGACCGUGGCUUCUCAACAAAGAAUGACGAUAAUGUGAGAACGUGUAAAUGCGUGGAUCAGCAUAGAGCGUCCGUCCCAAAUGCUAAAUCAAGAAGUCGAAGAAAUGAGGAGAGGAACCGGGGGCGGACGGGCAACGGAGGGGGGCGGGUUGCUCUGACAUCUACGUCCAACGUUCACCUGCCCCCGCGGAUGCCAGCCGCCCUCGGACUUCUAACCUCCAAUCAUCUUCUCCUGGGAAAUAUGAAGCAGCAUAUGCUGACUCACAAGAUAAGGGAUAUGCCACCACACCUGUUUGGUGACUCCAAGACACCACAGGGUGGUCAACAACCACAAACACCCCAGCACAAUCAGGAUCAAGAGAAUUCUCAGAGUUCAGUAUGUACGGAUGAAUCAAGUCUACCGCCACCACCACCACCACCACCACCACCUCUACCACCUCCACCAUCGCCAAUGCCACCAAUCAACGAGUCACCUAUGCCAGUGAAGCGAUCACCAACAGAGGGUGAUCUUCCCGCACCAAAGAGGCCGAGCAUGUCCAGUAAGCACUUGUGCCAGGUUUGCAAUAAGAAUUUCUCGUCAUCCUCGGCGCUCCAGAUCCAUAUGAGAACGCAUACGGGCGACAAGCCUUUCCGAUGCACCGUCUGCCAGAAGGCCUUCACCACCAAGGGCAAUCUCAAGGUGCACAUGGGUACGCACAUGUGGACCAACGGUGCAUCACGAAGGGGGAGAAGGAUGUCACUGGACUUACCCCCACUACCAAUCACACCCAAGGACUCGGAGUUUCUUCAACGACGACCGGAUCUAUUCUACCCAUAUCUACCCGGGCCAUUCCUUAAUGGGGUACAGCAGAAACUGAACGAGAUAUCAGUGAUACAAAGUAAUAAUGGAUUGCCAGUUAGUCAUCCUGUAUCAGCGAAUAAAUACGCUGGCCUAUUUGGCACAAUAUAUGGUGGUGGUUUGAGUAAUUCAACAAGUGGUAAUGGUUUUUCAAUGGAAAAACAACCGGUUGUAACGUCAAACAGUCCACUUGAUGAUGGUAAACCACUUGUACCAUCUGGCUCAAUGCUAUUUCAUACGCCAUCACCAUCACACUCACCUGGCACACCGUCUUCCAAUACUGGUAAUCAAAAUUCAGCUAGUGUACCUACUUGGAAUAGUGACAGUAUGCAGCAUCAUUUUGAGAGGCAUGGACCAACGAGAGAGUCGGAGAGUGAUACAUCAACACCACCAGCACCGAGGUUACCAGCUGCUGCAAAUAGGGGUGAAGGAUUAGCUGCGUAGACAUUUUUAUCAUUUAUUUAAUUGAGAGAAUUUAAAAAAGGUGUUUUUUUUUUUAAUUUUGCGCUACCAGUGCGUAAAGUGAAUUUUUCACACAUCGUGGAAAAGAAUGAAAAGGGUUACGGAAUCGUUGGAAAUAUAGCGUGUCUCACACGAAUGAAAAAAAAAACACUUUUACGCUUUCGUAGCGAAAUAUACUAUUUUUUGGUACUAGGUGUUUGGGAUUUGUCGUAAUUGAGGGGUCGGAGAUGAGAUUUGUGGUUCUCGUAAGGAAAUCCGGAGAUUUUCCAACUUAAAACUGUGCAGCUGAAGCACUUCUGGAUCGAUAAUUAUCAAAAUAAUCAAUAAUUCAGUUUCUCUGAAGAAAAAGGGUUCAUUUUUUAACACUGGGAAUUUCAGUAAGAUAAAAUAAUUCAUCUGCACAAUUUUGAAAUGGAAAUCCUUCCAGAUAUCCCCUGACCCCACCUCGUUCACCCCUCAAUCCACGAAAUGCAUUUUAAAUAAACCAAAAAGACCCUCUGGGCAUUUUUCAACUCGAAACAAUUCCAAUAUGACUUUUCAAGCAAAAAUACCCUAAAAAUCGGACUGUUUGAGGUGGCAUAAUGUUCCUAUUACCCCACUAGUCUUAAUAAUCCCGAUAAAAAUAACGAAAAAUCUCCAGGAUGAGAUUCGUGGCACCUCACGAAUAAUUUUUAGUUAAUCGAAACCGCAUCGUUUCAUUGAAUUCCAAAAAUACAAAAAGUGACAUUAUUUUCUAACUGUAAUGAAGUAAUGAAGAAAUGCGAUUUUAAUUUGUGCAAGGAUUGUUACAAGUGCGCCUAGACUGAGCCUUAAGGGUUUAUUCGGCUUCACCGAAUUAUUAACUUCUGGGCCGCAAGACACGUGGCCAUUUGGGUUACAAUCUACUAUAAAUAAUAUUAUAAAUAUGAUGUAUAUGAAUGUGAGAGUAUGAAUUGUUCUGUAUAAAGUGAUUAAGAGUGAUGUAUAUGUCAGUGAAAACGAGUGAUAAAAUGAUAAUGAUUUAUUGUAAGGUAACAAGGCCGGCCCGGCGAUGCCCCUCGAUGUGAUAUGAGAGGAGCAGCCUGCAAUCUCUAAACCAAUGUACUUAUAUCCCUGUAUCAUAAUAGUAUUAUCAUCCGUAGAUUAUAGUAAGUUAAAUAAAAAUACUUUAAUGUAAUUAAUUAUUAUAUCAUCAUGUUGGGUGUAAUUGUGUCUGUGGCAGUGCAAGUCAGCUUGAUAGAUAUGGAGGAUAAAUUCAAUUUCAUUGAUUAUCGGAAAUUUAGUUUUUUUUUAAGUUUAUCCCUUGAGUUUCUACGUUCAGAAAAAAAUCCAAAUAUUCAUUUACUUAAGCUGUCGCUUGGCUGGAUUUUUUAAAUUUGUUUCCCCAAGCAAUACUGGUUACAUUUCAACUACGAUAAUUAUAUUGCUCUAAAACUGAAUGCAAAACUCUAUAGGAAAGAUUAAUAAUUUAUAAAAAUGGAAUAGAUGAACUCUUUCGAUUUUUUUCAAGAAAUUCGUAGGAACUAACUUUUGAGUGGUACUGUCUUGGGAUAUACAUUAAUGGUCGAGUCAAUUCAUUCGGCAACGUUUAUUUAAUUUAUUAAUAGUUUCGAGCAUUUUUAUUUAUUUAUUUAAACGAAUCGUGGAGGAAGUGGUGAAACGACGUUGAAAUGUCGAGAGAUAUAUUGAAGAAUUAUCAGGAUUAAUUCCAACUUCUAUCAUUAAAAUUUAUCAUUUAAGACAAUUCUAUACAUGAAAAAAAAAAUUAAAAUUAAGUAAAAACCUUCAAAUGUUUUAACUAAAAAUAUUUUUUAGAAACAAUUUAUGAAUGAGAGUCGUCUCUACAAGAAAUGUAAUUCGACAUACAAAAUUUCGUCGUUUCACCACUGUAUGCAAACAUUCUUUUCACUCCCUUUGAUCAUAAAAACUUAUCACUCGCAUUUUUGACUGAAUUCACCCAGAAAAUUCUUGCAUUUCCACGUGAAAAACCAGAUGCAAUCAAAAACCCCUGAAUCCUCAACCCAAUUUCCAGUAUUUUUUUCUCCCUAAACCCCAGACACUCUUAAUGGUGUCAUUGAGCAGAAAAUCAUGUCGCUGAACCAGCGCCCAAUCAUAUCGAUAAAAUUUUUUACAAAAUGAGCAAAAAUCCCCAAAAAAAUUAACAAAAAAAAUACGAAAAAAAUAUAUUUGUACGUUGGCAGCGAUAAAAAAUAAUUACCCAUACCCCAGAGGAACCAUUAUAAAUAAUUAUAAUCCUAGGAAUUCCCGAGAAUUGUUAACAAAGUUGACGUUGCCCGAUUAGCAGCUGUGGGAUGCAAAGAAAUCGGUAUUAUCCUUAAAAUAUCUUUAGAAAAUAAUUAAACAAUAGGAAGAGCAGCAAAACCUAAUGAAAUUGAAGGAUAACUCAAUGAGAAAAUGAUGAAAAUCCAGAGUUAUAAUGGCCUCUGGUGAAUAUCAGCAAUUUAGCAUUAAAUAAAGAACAAAGAGUGACGAACAAAAUGGUUCAUCUCAAUUUUUCUAUUUAUAAUGCAAUUUUUCUCGCGUACUAUGUCGUGUACUAGAUCCAAAGUAUUUAAUCAGAUUUAAAAAGUGACUGCAAGCGAUGAGUGAAGAGGAUGAAAAAAAAAAUUUAAUAAAAAAAGAAGUAAAAAAUACAAAAAUAUAUACAAAGAAAAAGUGUCCGUAUUUGUGUCGUUUGCAUGUAUAAAAUUGCUCGAGGAUUAAUAUAUUGUCUCUGUAAACGCGCCGAUGCAGAAUAUUAUAACGAAUGUAAAUACUAUUGAAAAUCAAAUUCAAACUGAAGUGAAAUAAUAAAUGAACAAAGAAUGAGGGAGGUAAAUCAGAUGGACUAGUGACUAGAAUAAUGAGAAAAAUAAAAGUGAAAAUGAUGAUUGACACAAAAUGUUGCUUACGACGAUUAUGGUUUCUGUAAAUAUUGUAUAAUCCGUGUAUAAAUAUCAGUAAAAUACGUUACGAAUCAUUAUAUCUAUAAUAUUGCAACAAUAAUAAAUCAUGAUUAAUUAAUGACGAAUGAAAA